AUGUCUCUCGAAACAUUUCCCUACGGCAACCACGACCUCCAAACCGUCACCGUCGCAAAGCCCUACCCCGCACGCGCUCCCCUCCACGCCGAAAACACCGACAAUGAGAGCGGUUACUGGGUGAUCCUCAUCCACGGCGGCGCCUGGCGCGACCCAACGCAAACCUCAACAUCCUAUCUCACCCCCGCACUGCGCCUCCUCUCCUCAUCCGAAUCCCUAGAGUCCCAAUCCCAGCACAUCACAGGCCUCGCCUCAAUCUCAUACCGACUAAGCGCGCACCCGUCUCACCCGCAGGAUCCAUCGACGAUAGAAAGCCACCUGCGCAAUGCAAGACACCCGGAGCACAUAGAUGAUGUCCAGCUGGCGCUCUCGUUCCUGCAGAGGAAGUAUAAGUUCGGCGAACGCUAUGUGCUCGUUGGACAUAGCUGUGGUGCGACGCUGGCGUUUCAGGCUGUCAUGCGCUCUUUAUCGACCCAGCCGGGAAUGGGUUCUGGAGACGGGUAUGUUCCGCCGUUGGCGAUUCUUGGGAUGGCGGGGAUAUAUGACCUGCGUCUUUUGCGAGACAGUCAUCAGGAGAUUUCUGCGUACCAGGAGUUUACUGAGGGGGCGUUCGGGGCUGAUGAGAAUGUGUGGGAUGCGGUGAGUCCGCGUGUUGUGAUGGGUGAGGAGGGUGUGGAGGGGUGGAAGGAGGGGAGGGUUGUUGUGCUUGCGCAUUCGGAUGAGGAUGAACUUUGUGAUGUUGCGCAAAGUGAGAAGAUGAAGGAGUUUCUGGGGGUUUGGGAGAAGAAGAGCGAAAGGAGGGAGGUGCGGUUUUUGCCGAUUAAGGGAAAGCAUAAUGAGGCGUGGGAGAAGGGGGAGGGGCUUGCGAGAGGGAUCCUAUUUACGAUUGAGAAGCUGCAGGAGUUGGGGAUUUAG